GAUAUAGUCAUUUUUAUGUAUUCCAUGUUCUAGACUCCUAUCAUUUUCAAGUUUUUAGGGCUUUUUAAUUACUGUUUUCUUUUCCCCUUAUUUUUUGGUUGUUUUGACGUGCUCAAAGUUGCUUAAAUUGGAGGUUACGUUUGUUUCAGAAUUUCUAUAUUGGCUAUGUAUAUAACUUGUUUGAUGAAAAGUUUGCAAGAAUGAUGUUCUAUUCAUACAGAGGAACUCUUUUGGGGUGUAGUUGGAGGGUUUAGGGAAGUAAAAUAGCCAUCCAGAGACUUUCAACGACUUCUAUAAAUAGGGUUAUGUGCAAGAUCUAUUUUGUUGUAUCCCACCUCAAGGCUUGAUUGCAUUAGCUGUAAAACUUUUGAGGCAAGGCAUUUUGGGUGAGGAAUCUUCAUAAAGAUAUUGAAAUUUGCUGAUCCAGAGUAGCAAUGGAGGUAUUUGGCAAAUCUAUGGUAGCCGUGCCCACAAAUGUUAUUUUUCUGUCAACUAUUCUAGGCCAAGAUGGGCCAAACACUGUUCACAAAUGCGAUUGGAAAUGUGAAAACGAACAUGUGUGCGGAAACAUGUAUCGUUGCAGGCUUACAGGACUCACACACAUUUGUGACAAAAACUGUAACCAGAGAAUUCUGUAUGAUAACCAUAGCUCCCUUUGCAGAGUGAGCAGGCAGGUUUUCCCUCUAACACCGACUGAGGAACAGGCAGUGAGAGGUGUCCGGAGGAAGCUUGAUGCUGAGAGUUCCCCUCCUGAUAGCUGUGCUUUUAAGCGCAGAAGGGGUCCACAGUUUCAUCCCUCUCCUUUUGAGAGAUCCUUCGCUGCUGUUGGUCCGAUCUGCAGUCAAAUUGGAGACGGCAUGGAUAUGAACUAGGCAUAAUAAUGAUAAACCUCUACCUUUUCCCCUAUUUUCGUUUGAAUUUUCCUUUUUCAUGGGGCAAGUAUGGAUAACGUAACUUGAUGUCAGACUUUAAUGGCAGACCUAUAUGCGUCUUGCCUAUUUGUAGGAAAAAACUUAAUUCUCUAGUCUUGUUUAAUGGAUCGUUAGCACUCCCAGCAGCUUGACUGUUGAUAGGAGAUUUAAUAAUGCUAUAUCUCUACUAACAUCCGCAAGGGUUUCUUAUGAAGCUUGAGUUGCCCGUUUUACUACUCCAAAGUUCAAACAAUGAGUGUCUUCAUUUAUCAUACAGGGUUGCUCUAGCAAUGUUGUUACUAUUUCAUUUUUUUGCCUUUUAUUUGUUGUUUCUUUCUCUGAUCUGUGUAUGAGUGAAAUUAUAUCUUGUGUUAAUAACGCAUGGUUGAAAUGUUUGUUGUUACAUUGUGGUAUAUGUGAAUUUGUUUCAUAUUUAUUCUUGUGAUUUAGUCUGAACUUGGUUACAUGAGCACAUGAUAUUCUAGGUAUAGUGGAUUGCUUUACUCUGACCUAUCUCUCUUAUCUCCACAUCUAUGUAAAGGUGAUUGUUACUUGAUGGUGCACAUAUAAACAAGCAUGUGAAGAGCAUCUUGGUUUGUGUUCUAGAAAUUUGUCUUGAUUUAUCACUGCUUUGUUUUUCCUACUGUAUUUCAGGUUGAAGAGGGAAGACCCAAUUUCUUUUCUAAUUUAUGCUGUAUUAUCUUUUGUUUGUUUUCACCUGUGAUCUGGUUCCUGAAAGUUAAUAUUGUUUUUGCAGGGAUUGACACAUGUACGUUCAGGAGAGUUGAAAUUUGCUUAUUGCAAUAGUGUUUUGAAUUAUUUUAAUUUGUAAGUUUAUUAAUUGAAGUGGGUAAUUUCUGAGAAUACAUUGUUCAUGGUUCUCCAGUGCAGGGAGGAGGGAACUCUGCUCUUGCUUGUAGCAGAGAACAAAGUUGAACCAAAGUAUGCUGAUGAACUGGAGGCAUACAUUGACAGCAGGUUGUUGCCGUUGUUUUGAUCAGAAUGUAGCAAGCAAUGAAGUUGGGUUGGGCUUCUGGACUUAAGUUUAAGUUCAUAUGUAUGAAGAACUGUCUGCAGAAACACUAUACCGUCCUUGUAUCUUAUAUGCCGCAUAUCUAUAGAGCAGUGUCCAUGCAGUUCUUCUGUGUGUUGGUUUGGGCAUUAUAUAUGUGCUCUGUUGAAAAAAUCAUUUUGAGUUUCAGGGUUUUAGCAGACAAAUGAAGUUGGAUCUGAUGAACUGGAGGCAUACAUUGACAGCAGGUUGUUGCAGUUGUUUUGAUGAGCUGAAGGAAUGUAGCAGGCAAUGAAGCUGAGUUGGGCUUCUGGACUUGAGUUUAAGUUCAUAUGUAUGAAGUACCGUAUGCGGAAACACUAUACCGUCCUUGUAUCUUAUAAGCUGCAUAUAUCUAUAGACUGAUAGAGCACCUUCCACUUGGAUGUCCAUGCAGUUCUUCUGUUUGUUGGUUUGGGCAUCAUAUCUUUGUUCUGUUGAAAAAAGCAUUUUGAGGUGAGCUCUUGAUGAUUCGGUCAUUUCUUAUAUGCUGAUGAACUGGAGAAAUGUGAUUCCUGCUCGUUUUUCAGUCAAAUCUAUCUGUUUCGGGGUUUUUCCCAGACAAAUGAAGUUGGAUCAGCCCUUCAACUUCAUAUCAGCAGUGUUGUACAGCAAAGAGCAAUCUUUGUGCAAACUAUUCAUAUUCCCCUUUUUACUUUAUAUGUUGGAAAAAUACGCAGAUAACCUUCUUCUCUCGGCUGUCCUUGGACCUUAUUUGGGUGCUACUUCCUCUCUCUGCAUUGUGAUUAUUAUGCUGCCUCUUGUUGUGUGAACCUUGUUUGUUCAGCUGGAGAUGAUUGAACAUUAGUUACCAUGGGUUUUGCAAAGGCAGCACUUCCCUAAUUGCCCCACCCUAUCAUUUUGAAUACGAUGCUUCUUGUUGUUCGGAGCCACCUCAACAAUUUUUGUCUUUCCCGUGGCAGGAUUUUUGGACUAGUGUCAAGUGUCAACCAUCUAAAGCGGAUUCUUUUGUUGCCUAUAUCCCAUACUGAAGAUUUGGAAUAUCAUAUCUUCCAUUGUCAAUUUACGGAUAGAAUAUAUGGUAAUUUAUUAGAACAAAGUCUGCUAUUCCUUGGCCUACUGGGGGGGUGGUCAGCUGUCAACGAUUGGGAGCCAAAAAUAAGAAGAGCAAAACUCCUUCUGUUACCUUGGGAAGAUUGAUCCUUGCAGCUGUUGUAUAAUGAGAUGUGAGAGGAAAGAAACUCGCAGGAUCCAUCUUGACCGCGCAGCAGAAUUGGGGCAAUCACAGUAUCCAAAAAUGGUGAAGAAGAAGCGUGCAUAACGGAGCAAUCACAGCAGCUAGAAUAUACAACAAUGUUGAUAAAGAUAUUCACUCUAUCCAAAAAAAGGGUUUUUGUGGUUUGCCUUCUCCCUCCUAUUAUGAUCUCUGCUUUUAGAGCUAUUGGGCCUUGUUUAUUGUUGGAUGCAAGGUCGGAUUACUCCAUACGAUUGGGGAUUGAUGAAGAUCAAUGAUUGCAUUAUAUACUAUUACUAGUCGCAACGUUUUAUUACAGGUGUGUUAAUCCUGAUAACUUUUUUGUUCAUAUCAUAGUCCCAGGAUGUAUAGAAGUUGUUUUGUUUUUGCUACAGCUUAUUACCCUUGGCACAAUUGUACAGGGGGGUAUGCCCCCCAAGAUCUUGUAAAUUUUUUUGGUGAAUGAUAUUUCUCAUUUCUCA